CAUCUGUUUAUGACCAAACAGCAACCGAAGUUUGGACUCCCAACAACCGAAAGCCAAGAGACAAUGCUGAGAUUUGGACAACAACUAAUGCUGCUGGCAAUGGCCUGUUUGGCUAUGCAGACGGCUCACGGAUGGUUUCUGCCCAAGCUGGCGGCGAAACUAGAAGCUAAGGAGGAUUGGUUCGAGGCCAAAAAGCAAAAGGAGCUGCUUAAGAAGCUGGAUUUCCUCAAUUUGUUCACCGAAAAGGAGGAGGCCAAGCUUGAGAAGAAAGAGGACGAAUGGGAGAAGUUCAAGCAGUGGUGGGACGAGAAGAAGGAGAAGGAGUUGUCCUUCUUUGAGACCAAAAAGGAAAAGGAGCUGGCCUUUUUCGAGGGCAAGCUGUCCAAGUUAACGGGCAAAAAGAGCAAGUCCAAGAAGACUACGCUGAAGCCUUGCAGCUAUAGCUAUCAGGACGAAGUCACCGCUAAGUAUUAUUCGGAAGAGGUAACCGAGGCGGCGGAGUACGAGGAAUCCGAAGAAGUCACUGAAAAACCCUGUCGCAAAUGCUACGAACCUAAAAGCUACGCCCGGCCAUCCUAUUCAGUGCCCACAAUUUACGAUGUGAGGGACGAUUCGGCGGAGGGCGUACGCUACUUUACCUGAAAGGACCCAACUAAUUGGCUCGGAUGGAUGGAUGGACGGAUAUUUAUUUAUUGCAUUUUCUCUGGCCAUCAUCAUCGUGUGUCCCUUUUUCUCUCGCUUUCUUUCUCUUUUUUUUUGUACAUAAUUACAUUUUUAAUAAAUAUAAUUAAAAUUCACAUAGCUGAACGCCCU